UGUUUUGUUUUUCUCUUUCUCUUUUUUAGAUUUUUCUCUUCUCAGUAAAUUCUCAUUGAUUAUAUCACCGCCAUCUUAUUGUUACCUGGACAUCACCUUUUCUCCUGUAUUUUUAUUCUUUAAUUGUGUUACCUAAUUGUUGAACGUUGAUUCUUUUCACUUACUUGUCUUCUUCUUGUUGAAAUAUUAAAUUACACUUGUUGAAGCAAUUCAAUUCAUUUAAACCCGGAAAUGUACGGCGACUAUAAUUCCUCGAUGGAAGCUGGUAUUCAACAGCCAAUUGCGGAUCAAUUUGAUGCUUUCUCAAAUAAAUCAAUUCGACUAAAAUUCAUCCGAAAGGUUUAUGGAAUCUUAAGUUUACAAUUACUUGUUACCAUGGGAUUUGUUCUUGCUUUCACCCUUUCCGAAGAGGUUAAAGGGUUUGCCCUGAAAAAUUCAUGGUUACUCUUUGUAGCUCUUGGAUUCUCACUGGUCUCAUUGAUUACCUUGGCCUGUUGCGGUGUCCACCGUACCUUUCCUGGAAACCUUGUUUGCCUUGGUAUAUUUACUCUUUCUGAAUCAGUGAUGAUCGGAUUUACAACCGCUUUCCGUAGAGGUGAAAUUGUCCUUUACGCCGUUAUAAUUACAGCAGCUAUCGUUUUAUCGUUAACACUAUUUGCUUUCCAGACGAAAAUAGAUUUCACCGCAUUCAAUGGUAUCUUAUUUGUCUGUCUAAUGGUAUUCAUGUUAUUUGGUAUUCUUGCCAUAUUCAUUAAAGGUAAAAUUGUAAUGCUUAUCUACUCAGCGGUUGGAGCUCUCCUGUUUUCAGCUUACUUGGUAAUUGAUACUCAAAUGAUUGUCGGAGGAAGUCACAAAUUACAAUUCUCACCAGAAGAUUACAUCCUCGGAGCAAUUACAUUAUAUGUCGAUAUUAUCAACAUAUUUAUUCACAUCCUACAACUAUUGGAUAUCGCUACAAGGAGUUAAGCUCAAGAUUACAUGGAGAAGACACCAAAUUCAUUGUAAACGACCUGUUAAAUAUAGUAGUAGUAAAAACACACA